UUGUUAUGAUUUCUCUACUGACUGACUGAUCGGGUGUUGGUGUUUCUCCAGCAGCAGCGGUUUGGCCAGCUCCGCGGGAAUUUCAAAUUUAUUCCAAAAUCUCACCCACAAUCUUACUCGCAAAAUAAUAAAAGUGAAAAAGAUGGACUCCUCCUCCUCGGAAUUCAUAAUCCUCUCGGGAAACUCCCACCCGGAACUCGCCAACUCCGUCGCGGGCCACCUCUCCAUGCGCCUCGGGAACUGCGAUGUUUAUCAUAAGUCCAAUAGGGAAACGAUGGUCUCGAUCCACUCCUCGGUCCGCGCAAAAGACGUCUACAUAAUCCAAACCGGACUAGACAACAAUUCAAUAAUGGAAAUGCUGAUCCUCGCCUACGCCUGCAAAACCAGCUCGGCCAAGAAAAUCGUCGGAGUCGUUCCUUAUCUCCCUUACUCCAAACAGUGCAAAAUGCGCAAGCGGGGCUGCAUCGUGACGAAACUCCUCGCAAAAAUGAUGUGCCGUGCGGGGUUCACCCACAUCAUCACGAUGGACCUGCAUUCUAAGGAAAUCCAAGGAUUUUUCGACAUUCCCGUCGAUAAUUUGAGGGCCUCGCCGUUUUUGCUAAAGUAUAUUCAGGAUAAUAUUCCGGAAUAUAGGACGGACGUGAUUGUAGUCGCGAGGAAUCCGGGCAGUGCUAAAAAGGCGACGUCCUACGCGGAGAGGUUAAGGGUCGGGAUAGCUGUUAUUCAUGGGGAGGUUAAAGAAUCAGAGGCGGAUGAGGUGGAUGGUCGCUACUCCCCCCCAUUGCCCCUCCCCUCUGGUGGUAGUGUUAGUGGAUCCGAUCCCCCCUCUGAACCCCUCCGAAGACAAUCCACAAGUAUGAAAUCCAGAAUUAUGGACAUUAACGAGUCCGUCGUGGUUGGGAUGCCCAGCGGGAUCAGGAAAGAGAAGCCCCCUUUAACUGUCGUGGGCGACGUCCGUGACAAGAUCGCGAUCAUGGUCGAUGACAUGAUUGACGACGCGAGGACGUUCAUCUCCGCGGCGGAAGUCUUAAAAGAACAGGGAGCCAAGAAAGUCGUCAUUUUGUGCACCCACGGUCUGAUGUCCUCUGACGCCCCUUCUUUACUAGAAUCCUCCCCCGUGGACCAAGUCGUCGUCACGAACACGGUUCCCCACGAUACUCAAAAAUUACAGUGUGUCAAGAUCAAAACGGUGGAUAUUUCGAUUUUGCUGGCGGAGGCGAUUAGAAGGAUCCAUCACUCGGAGAGCAUGAGUUUUCUGUUUAAAAAUGUUACACAGGAGGAUUAGAGGGAAUAAAUGGUUUUGGUGCGGUUUUUUUGUAUGAAAAA